AUGUUGGUAGGGGUGAUAGACAAAGUGUUUGCCUUUACGGGAAACCGAAUUAUAAAAAAUUCCUAUGUAAUUGAGUUUAGUGAACCAAAGAAUGCGGAUAGUCGCAGAGAACUCUUUCAGGAACGUCGCCUAAACUUUUAUGAAGAUCUCAAGACCUACAACAUCAGCCAUAUAGUACGCCAGGAAUACAUGUUAAUGAAUGCUGUAUCUGUUAAAUUCGACUCUGAAAAAGAUGCAAUGCGAUAUUUCACAAAUGGGGAGAAUAUUAAACGUAUAUGGCCAGUUUCUAGUAUUCCCAUUCCGGACAUUUAUCCGCCUACUUAUGGAAAUCCAACCACAGACCUGUUCGAUACUUAUGGAACUACUGGCGUAACUAGAGUCAGGGAAAUAUUUGGAUUUGAAGGAGAGGGAAUCAAGAUCGGUGUUAUUGAUAGUGGCAUUGAUUUUCUCCAUCCCGCUUUGGGAGGGUGUUAUGGAAAAGGAUGCAAAGUUGCCUACGGAUACGAUUUUGUAGGAAAUAACUACAAUGGAGAAAAUAAUUUAAGUCCAAACAACUAUCCGCGAGAUGUGUGUAAUGGUCAUGGUACUCACGUAGCUGGUAUAAUUGGAGCCAACGACGUUGCUAAGAAUUUUACAGGAAUAGCACCAAAAGUUACAUUGGGAGCUUACAAGAUCUUUGGGUGUACGGGUAGUACUACAGAUGAUGUUAUUAUGAAGGCUCUGGAGAAAGCAUUUACCGAUGGAAUGGACAUAAUCAAUCUUUCAAUUGGAGAUAUGGGAUGGCCUGAGUCUCCGGUUGCAAUAAUGGCCGAUAUGAUUGCACUUCAGGGUGUUACUGUAUUGGCUUCUGCCGGUAAUGAAGGUGAUCAAGGAUUUUUUAAAGUCAAUGUACCAGCAUUGGAGUAUGUAACUCCUAUGGCCGAUUCAUUCAACCUUUUACACUCUGAGCUCGUUUUUGCUUCUAAAAGGUUCUUAGAUAACCGCGACGGCUGUUCACAGUUAUUCAACUUGGAUAAAAAGGUCGUAGUAAUUGCUGCAGGUGGCUGCAACUUGGACAUAAAGAUUCUUAAUGCCCAAAGAGCAGGUGCUGCAGCUGUUUUGAUUUAUACGACGUCAAUAGAUGCUAUAAUCCCUAGGACAGCGAACAAACAAAUUAGCAUUCCUUUUGGUGGAGUAGCUAUUGAUGAUGCUGAGUAUUUGUGGGACUUUCUCAAUGUUAAUCCCGGAUACACAACAGAUUUUCCGAAAGGAAAUAUCGUUAUACCUGUCAAGAGAGCAAACACAAUUAGUCCAUUUAGCUCAUGGGGGUUGGGCCCUGAUUUGAGCAUUAAACCAGACAUUAGCGCUCCUGGUGGCGAUAUUUUCUCGACGUACCCAUUGACUAUGGGAGGUUAUACCACUAUGAGCGGAACAAGUAUGGCCUGCCCUUAUGCUUCUGGAAUAGUCGCUUUGCUUCAUGAGUCAUACAAAGGCCUUGGUGAAAUCAACACAGAUAGCAUUCGAACCAUUGUAAUCAAUAACGGCAGUCCUUAUAACAUGUUCAAGACCAAUACCCCCGAGACGAUCGCACGCCAGGGUGGUGGACUGAUUAACAUUGAGAAGAUGUUAGGUGCCACUACUCUCAUCUUCCCAGAACAAAUCCGGCUAAAUGACAAGAACAAACGUGGAACCGAUAAUUUAUACACCAUUACAAUUAAGAAUUAUGAUACAAAGCCAGUAAUAUACAGAUUCUCCCACAUGCCAGCAGGUGCUGCACAAGGCUAUGGAAAUAAUUAUUCACCGGGCAACCCUUUCCCGUUGGCCAAUCCCAUUUUACUAAAAAAUCAUGAAGUUGAAGCUUUUGUUAAUUUCCCUGUAGAAUAUCUUGAGAUUCCUGCCAAAGAAAAGGCGGAUUUGAUUAUACAUAUCUCCUUACCGCCAUUACCCGCAUAUCUUCCUCCGACUAUCUACUCUGGCUUUAUUGUAAUCCAAAGCGACAACAAAAACCUCAAUCAGUAUAUACCUUAUGCCGGUCUAACUACUGAUAUAUAUACCCUCCCAGUACUUAAUAUCAAUCAAACUUCGCCCUAUAUUUCAUCUCAGACCGCCAAAGCCGAUCAACCUGUUGCCAUAGUUGCCAAAAUGAUCGAGGCAUCUCCUCUUGUAGCCGUUAUGGUCGUCAGUACAAGCGAUCCGAAUAUUGUCUAUGGUCUUGUUCCUGAUGGAAUUAAUAUGUUUACAGCAAGAAACGAUCCAAGCAAUUCUGCUGACAAUUAUAUUAUUUAUUGGAAUGGUAUCAUUCAGCGUAGGAUUCCCGGAGAGACUUUUAAUCCUUCUGUAAAUCCUAGAAAUCCAAGAUAUGGCCGUCUAAAGGCUGGCUAUUAUAGACUAAGAAUUAUGGCUUUGCGAGUGUUUGGUAAUCCUGAGAUAGCCGAAGAUUAUGAUACUUGGACCUCUCCAGAAAUCUACUAUGAAUGA